AUGAAAAAAAUUGUCAAUCAAAGUUACGAAACAACGAUCGAACUCGCCAACACUCUUCAGCAGCCAGCAGCGGCAACCCGCCUUCGCCGCAUACGUCAGUACUUCAUUUCGCAAGAAGUUUUCGCCACACUCCAGCCACUCUUCCUGUUCACCUACAUCUACGGUCUGACACCGUUUCGCAUUGUAAAGCGUCGCAACGGUACCAGCGAGAUACGCGCGUCCUGCUUCGGCUUUUGCAACACGGCCGCCUAUGUGACACUUUACGGCCUGUGCUUUCUCAAUUCACUGUUGAAAGCCGAAUCUGUCGUGGGCUACUUCUUACGCACGAACAUCUCCAUUGCGGGUGAUACACUGCAGAUAUGUAACGGUAUUGUCACCGGUAUUGUUAUCUAUACGACGGCACUGACCCAGCGUUGUAAGAUGCAACGUAUAAUUGAGGUGUUCAACGAGUUGGAUUUGAAUUUUGCGAAUAUUGGUGUGCGUGUGAAGUACUCGCGUAUUUACCGUUAUGCAUUGGUGCUGAUCGUUGCAAAAAUACUGAUAAUUGCGAUCUAUUGUGCGGGUGUUUAUUUGCUUUUGCGUUCGGCGCACGUGAAGCCGUCGUUAUGUGUGUGCAUCGCGUUCGUUUUGCAACAUUCGGUGUUGUUCUUGGCAAUUUGCCUCUUUUGUUUUAUAGCGCGUGGCUUUGAGCGCCGUCUGGUCAUACUCAAUAAGGUUUUAAAGAAACUCGCACAUCAAUGGGACAAUAGCAUUGUCAAACCAAUGCCGAAGCAACGCUCACUACAAUGUUUGGACUCAUUCUCCAUGUACACCAUAGUCACAAAUAAUCCUUGCGAGAUUAUACAGGAAUCUAUGGAAAUACAUCAUAUGAUUUGUGAUGCCGCAUCAACAGCAAAUAAAUAUUUCACCUAUCAACUACUGACCAUCAUUUCGAUUGCAUUUUUGAUCAUCGUUUUUGAUGCCUACUAUGUACUGGAGACAUUGUUGGGCAAAUCGGCGCACGAAAGCAAAUUCAAGACUGUGGAAUUCGUCACUUUCUUUUCAUGUCAAAUGAUUUUGUAUGUCAUUGCGAUCAUAUCCAUUGUGGAGGGCAGUAAUCGGGCUAUUAAAAAGAGCGAAAAAACCGGUGGCAUUGUGCACUCACUACUCAAUAAGGCAAAAAAUGCGGAAUUAAAGGAGAAGCUGCAACAGUUUUCUUUGCAAUUGUUGCAUUUGAAAAUCCACUUCACCGCCGCUGGACUCUUCAACAUCGACCGCACGCUUUAUUUCACGAUAAGUGGCGCACUCACCACCUACUUAAUUAUACUUCUACAAUUCACGAAUUCUAAUGCACCCGAACGUCCGUUCGCGCCGAUGGAAGAGAACGAUACAAUGCCAAUAAGGAGUCUCGUCUCAAAUUUAACAGUUGCUGGAUAAAGUAGACGUUUUAAUGAUUUUUAAAGCAUUUUUAAUACUCAUAAGUUAUAUAUUGUAAAAUUUUUCUAGAUAUAUAUGUGUGUAUGUAUGCUAUUUAUUUAUUAUCUCUUGUGUAUUUAAUGUCAGAGACUUGUGAGGCACGUUUCUAUAAGUAUGUAUGUAAUUGUUGAAAUAUAUUCAGAAGCUUCAGUGGACUUACGAACGAUUGAAAUGCAAACAAAAGUGCAAGCGAAAUUAUGAGUUAUAUACAUAUUUAGAUACUUUGUUAUAUCUCGAUGUGAUGAAAAUGCAGAUUUUAAUUGUUUAACAUUUUUGUUAAGCAUAAAGGAAUUGUUUUAGGUAUAUAUGUAUGUAUAGUGAAUUUGUUAGAAACAGUAAAUAAAGUACAAUUGUGAACAUA